AUGCUGGGCCUGUCGCUGCUGGUGGGCUUCAGCGCCGGGUUGCUCGGCUACUACUGGGCUCGCGUCCCCAAGCGCCCCCUGCUGAUGGCUUGCCAGCCAUUCCGCUCCUUCCUGGAGAAGUAUUGUCCCAUUGUGGAUGAGACGUUCUACCCUACACCGUGGUGCUUCGAGGGGCGGCUCCAGACCAUUGUCCGGGUCUUCCUCAAAUCCCGCCCACCUGUCUCCUACCGCAGUGAGGUGCUACGAACUGGCGACGGAGGGCAGCUGACGCUGGACUGGGCCAGCGAUGAAGACUGCAGUGCAGGCCACUCUGACCCAGAGAGCUGCCCCAUUGUCUUAUUCCUGCCAGGCCUGACGGGAAACAGCGAGGAGACCUACAUUCUGCACAUGGUGCGCACUGCCCGACAACAGGGCUACAGAGCAGUUGUGUUCAAUAACAGAGGUUGCAAAGGAGAAGAAUUGCUGACCUACAAGGCUUUCUGUGCCAACAACACUGAAGACUUGGAGCUAGUGGUGGCCCACAUCAAGAGCCAAUUCCCUCGGGCACCACUGAUUGCAGUUGGGGUUUCAUUGGGCGGGAUUCUGGUGCUCAACUACUUGGGGAAGAAAGGCCGUGAGGCCGGGCUGAUGGCAGCCAUGACCUUCUCCGUGAGCUGGGAUUCCUUUGAGACCACCCACUCGCUUGAGACCCCCCUCAACCGGGUGCUUUUCAACCAGCGGCUCACGGCCAACCUGCGGAAACUCAUCCAAAGGCACAGGAAGGUCGUUGCUGAGAAACUGGAUGUGGAUUAUGUGCUGAAGGCACGUAGCAUUCGGGAGUUCGAUGAGCGCUACACAGCCAUAGCCUUUGGGUACAAUUCGUGUGAGGAGUACUACCAAGCGGCCAGCCCGCGUCACCAAGUGCACUGCUUCCACGUGCCCGUGUUGUGCCUUAACGCCUCCGAUGACCCCUUCUCCCCUCAGCAUGCCAUUCCUCUAGACGCGGCUCAGUGUGUGCCCACGUUGGCCUUGCUGGUGACAUCCCACGGUGGCCAUAUAGGCUUCCUGGAGGGCCUCUUCCCACGCCACAAGAGUUACAUGGACCGUGUCUUUGCCCAGUUUGUGGUUGCCGUCUUUGAGCACCAGGAGGAACUGCAGGCUAUAGUGGCAGCUGAGGGAGGCAAGGAGCAUGAACAGAGCCAGACUCCUCAGCUGCUGGAUCAAUGA